AUGACAGAAUUUGAGAUGACUGAUUUGGGAAAGUUAACAUAUUUCCCUGGAAUGGAAUUCACUAAAACUUCAGAAUGUUUAGUGAUGCACCAGAAGAAAUAUGCUACAAAUAUUUUAAAGAGAUUCAACAUGAUGGGCUUCAAUCCUGCAUCUACACCAUCUGAAGUGAAUCUUAAGCUUGUAAAGAAUGAAGAUGAAGAGCUAGUUGACCCUACAUUGAUCAAACAAAUUAUAGAAUCUCUGAGAUAUCUGUGUAAUAGCAGACCAUAUAUAAUUUAUCAUGUUGGUAUAAUCUGUAGGUUUAAGAGUGAAGUUAGAAGCUCUCAUUUUCUUACAACUAAAAGAGUUAUGAGAAACAUCAAGGGAACUUUGGGUUAUGAAUUACUGUUUCCUGCAAAUGUCAAUGGAGCUAUUGUGAACCUGAUGACAUGUCAUCUUAUGUUAUUCUAG